AGUAUGCGUUUGUGCAUGUAGAGAGAGAAAGAGAGUUCUAAGUUUUAAGGAGAAGUGAAGUGAAGAGUCUUGAUCAGUCUUCGUUAACAAGAGAGCUGAGCUUAGUUUUCUCUUUCUUCUUUCUCUUACCAAUACCCAUAUCCCCAGAAAGAUCAAGAAGAAGAAAGCUACCUUCUUCAAUCAAUAUCCCCGCCGCCGGAGAGGAGCCCUUCAGUCGCCGGUUAUUCGUAGGAGCAUCGGAUGUCUAAUCUGAGAUGAAGAAAACCAACUCCAUUACCUUCUUCUUCUUUUUCUUCAUCAUCACCACCUAUGUUCAAGCUGAGAAUGUUGCAUUAGACCCAUCUCUCUCCUUCGAAAAUCCUCGACUCCGAAAUGCAUACAUUGCUUUGCAAGCUUUGAAGCUCGCCAUUCUCUCAGAUCCUCUCAAUCUCACAGCCAACUGGGUUGGAUCUAACGUAUGUACAUACACCGACGUAUACUGUGCACCGCCUCCAGACAAUCCAUCCAUAAGAACAGUCGCCGGAAUCGAUCUCAACCAUGGUGACAUUGCCGGUUAUCUACCGGACGAACUUGGAUUACUUACAGAUCUUGCAUUCUUUCAUAUAAACACUAAUCGUUUCUGCGGCACUGUUCCACACACGUUCAAGAACCUGAAACUUUUGUUUGAACUGGAUCUGAGUAAUAACCGAUUCGCCGGCAAAUUCCCUAAAGUAGUUCUCCGGUUACCAAGUCUGAAGUUUCUAGAUCUCCGGUUCAAUGAAUUCGAAGGUAGCGUUCCACGGGAGUUGUUUAACAAGGAUUUGGACGCUAUUUUCAUCAAUCACAAUAGAUUUCAGUUCGAAUUGCCUGAUAAUUUCGGUAACUCCCCGGUUUCUGUGAUCGUUUUGGCUGAUAAUAAGUUCAAAGGAUGUCUUCCGGCUAGUAUAGGAAACAUGUCGAAUUUGAAUGAGAUUAUUUUCAUGAACAAUGGGUUAAGGUCUUGUAUUCCGUCGGAAGUUGGGUUUUUGAAGAAUUUGACUGUGUUUGAUGUGAGCUUUAAUGAGUUAAUGGGUCCAUUGCCGGAGACAAUCGGGGAGAUGGUAAGCUUGGAGCAGGUUAAUGUUGCGCAUAAUAUGCUUUCUGGGUUUAUUCCGGCGAGUAUUUGUAAGCUUCCCAGGCUUAUCAACUUUACAUAUUCUUAUAAUUUCUUUACGGGUGAGUCGCCGGUUUGUUUGGGCUUGCCGGAGUUUGAUGAUAGACGGAACUGCUUGCCGGAACGGCAGGACCAGCGUUCUACGAAGCAGUGCCAGGCGUUUUUGUCGAGACCUGUGGAUUGUAAUUCGUUUAGGUGUAAGCCUAUUGUGUCGCCGUCUCAGCCUCCUUUUACACCCAUUCCUUUUCCCUCACCGCCUGUUUCUAUUCCUUCUCCGGCGCCAUUGCCAGUUUUUGUGCCGCCACCGCCGCCUACUGGUUUUUUUCCUCCGUCGCCUUCCCCUGUUUAUGUUCCUCCAUCACUGUCCUCGCCGCCACCGCCAUAUUUAUCCUCUCCAUCUCCUCCACCGCCUGUUUAUUCACCACUACCUCCGCCGCCGCCGCCAUAUUUAUCCUCUCCGUCUCCUCCACCACCUGUUUAUUCAUCUCUGCCUCCGCCGCCGCCGCCAUAUUUAUCCUCUCCGUCUCCUCCACCACCUGUUUAUUCAUCUCUGCCUCCGCCGCCGCCUCCAUAUUUAUCCUCUCCAUCUCCUCCACCGCCUGUUUAUUCACCUCCGCCGCCGCCAUAUUUAUCCUCUCCAUCUCCUCCACCGCCUAUUUAUUCAUCUCUGCCUCCUCCACCACCUCUGCCGCCAGUUUAUUCACCUCCGUCACCACCUCUGCCACCAGUUUAUACACCUCCGCCACCGCCACCGCCACAGCCUGUUUAUUCUCAUCCGCCACCGCCUCCGCCUGUUUAUUCUCAUCCGGCACCACCUCCGCCGCCACCACCGCCGGUUUAUUCUCCAACAAAUCCUCCAUACCACUCCCCCUCCCCACCACAAUCAUCUCCGCCGCCUUCGCCCAAUUACUCUAAUUCGCCGCCUCCCCAUUCAUCCCCUGUUGUUCCUUCACAUUCUCCCCAUCAACCGCCUGAUCUUUCCCCUCCAAUUUCGUGCAUCGAAUACCCACCACCGCCGCCAUCACCGGUUCAUUACUUGCCUCCACCAUCACCACCACCACCACCACCGGUGUAUGAAGGGCCAUUGCCACCUAUCUUUGGAGUUCCAUAUGCAUCACCUCCACCACCUCCUUUCUAUUGAUAUGAUUCUUUUUAAAUUAAAAGAUGUGCCUUUUUAUAUUAUAAAUGCAGCCAUUGAUAGACAAUCUUCAUCAAUUACAUAUCAAGAGAGAUCCAAUAUUAUUACCAAAACAAGCAAGAUCACAUUGUUGGAGUUGCUGUGGUUGAAGAAACAGAUCAGAAUUGUAGAUUCUUUCUAUCUAUUACUAUUAUACAUUCAAGAUCUAUGGAGGGUUGUCUCCAUUAGAUAUAUAAAUAUUAUAUAUAUGAGAUUGGUGUGGAUGUUUUGAAAUAAAAUGGUAGAGAUUGAAGUAAA